AUGGGGCUCAAGGAUCUGAAUCCGUUGAAGCUGGUCAAGGCGAUCUUCCAGAAGAGGAAGAAGAUCGAUGAGGAGGAUACGUCAUAUCAGUCUGAUCUAGCGCUACAACCAUCACAUCUCGUCACCAUUGCAUUAGCCCAGGCCAUCAUUAUCGUAGUUUACUACUUCUACGUCGUGCACGAGACAUUCCCCAAGCCACCCGACAUCUUUCCAGCCCCGGGUCUCGGCGAGCCUGGAGGUCCGAUCUUCCAGGAGCCUGAGUCAGUAACUCCGUUCAAGCGCUACCCCCCGGGAUAUGACAUUGUGGGCCCCCGGCCGGAUGGCACUCUAGGGCCCCAGUUGAGUCAGCCGACGCUACAGAGAGAAUACAAGUUUCAGAUUGAGAUCGUUACCUAUGUCUACCUUGGAUUUGGAAUGCAGUAUUCCUUCCUGCGUAAGUUCGGCUUCAGCACAAUCGCUUUCGGUCUCCUGGCUGCCUCUAUCGCCAGUCAGUGGGGAUUUUUCUGGAUGCAGCUCAUUGACAGGAUGCAUUGUGAUUGGUUGAUCUCCAAGACUUGCGAUGUUCCAACUUGUAGCGGGAAUCCCAACUGCCUCGAAGCCUUGAAGGCCGAGGUGAUUCAAGGUACCUUCCAGGAGAUCCAGCAACGACAGGCCUGCACCUGCUACAUCUUCCGCAUGUUUGCACAGAACCGAUCGCAAAUCACCGAGCUCCCGCACCAUGCCAAGCACGCCUUGUACGUCACAGGGAGGACGGACUUUGACAACACCAUGGCGAUCACUUCGCCGGCCAUCAUGGAAGGCCUGUUUGCUACUGUUCCUGUGCAGAUCACCAUGGGCAUCUUGCUAGGAAAAGUCUCCCUUGCCCAGCUGUCAGCGGUGAGCAUGAUCUGCGUGACGGCCUACGGCGUCAACUUCUGGCUGAACCUGUACGUCAUGGGCGCAUACGACAACCUGGGAGGAUCCUGUGUCAUCCACCUCUUCGGAGCUUGCUUCGGCAUCGGCUGUACCCUCCUUGCCACCCUCAAGGGAAGUGCCGAGAACCCGGACAAUGCUCCAAGGUACAACGCUGACGUGAUGGCGAUAAUUGGAACGAUUCUCAACUGGAUGACUUUCCCCUCCUUCAACGCCUACUUCGCUCCAGCUGCGGCCCAGCAGGCGGUGGUUGUCAAUACGUACUUGUCUCUGUUCAGCAGCUGCGUCGCUUCUAUGAUCUUCUCGUCCAUGUACUCUAGACAGCUGAAGCUUGACCCUGCGGACGUGCAACGAUCUUCGUUGGCAGGAGGUGUCUCGAUCUCCUCUGUCGUCAGUCUUUUUGCAAAACCUCAGCACGCCCUCAUCAUUGGCGUCAUUGGAGGCUUCGUAUGCAGCACGUCCCAUCACUUCUUGAGGAGAAUUCUGGAGAGGAAGACUGGCAUCACGGAUACAGUCGGGGUCAUAUCCUUGCAUGCCUUUCCAGGUCUUAUCGCAUGGAUCGCUGGAAUUAUUGCCGUCUGGGGUCUGGACAGCAGGUACAAGGGCCCUUGGUCGGGGAUCCAGUAUUCAAGCACGCAGACUAAGACGCUGCCAUAUUGGCUGGAAAUGGAUCUUACCUUCCAGCACCAUGUUGGGAACAAGGACACGGCCCUUUACCAGGCGAGUAUCUACAUGGCUCCUAUCACCAUCUGCGUCGGACUAGGGACUGGUCUGCUUGGAGGGCUGGUAGCAAGAUGGAUCAAAGGCCCUUCUGUUGCCAAGACUUUCACGGACUCCAUGUAUUGGGUGGUUCCAGACGACUUCCUUGAAACGGAGAAGUCUCAAAUGUAA